AUGACCGCCACGCGCGACAAGAUGAACGUGACCUUUGAGGUUCUGGGCAUCAACACUGUGCCUCAUAUCGAUGCAGACCAACAAGGAUCAACACGAAGAGAACUUCAAUGCUCGUUGUUCGUCGCACACAGCCCUCUCCGAGCGAGACCAUUCGACUCUGCGCGACUGACAUUGCUUGGGCUGCUAAAGUCAAACAUCAAUGGCAUGAAAACGAGCAAACCUUUCGUUUCUCUAGCGAAGAGCUUACAUUGGUCUGAUUUCUACCCAACGACGCCAUGCACCGAGACCUUCAAGUCGCGGCAACAAGCCGAUGUGUCAUUUAAUCUCGGGGCAGCAGACAAGCUCAAUCGGACGACCUUACUGCCGUUCUCAAACGUCGAUAUCGCUUCAGAAGCAAUAAGUGAUCAUGCCUUGAGCAACAGGCGGCAUCUCAAAGCCCAAGGCCGGACCCAGUACACAUACGAAAUCAUCUUCUACAAUCGUUCGAAGGAAGUCCAAACCGUGCGUGGCCCAGUCUCAAUCGAUCUGCCCUCAGCGGUCCAUCUCCUGCCAGCACGACAGGAUCAACUUCUUUCGCAGCCACUUCGCCAGCCUAAAGGUGCCAAAUCACGACUAAAGUCCCUCCGGGCGAACGCUGACCAGCCUUUCGACAUGCAACUCAAGCUAGACGAGCAUAACCUCGGAGAAACAGUUUACGAUAGGCCACCCACAGAGAAGUCGAGCACGAUCUCGAUCCCUUUCAGUCUCGACUUGGCGGCGUCAGAUAACAUGCCAACUAGUGUAGUUGAAUUGAUUCACACAGGGGCGACAUGCAAUGUACAAGCAAAGUGGUACAUACACCGUACGGUCGGCAAUCCCUCGCGGACCAGCACCGAUGGCAUUGCCAAGUCGAGUGCAGUCUCAGUCAAGAGUGCAGCUGCAAUUCCACCGCUCUACGACAUGACGGAUGCAUCAGCCACCAACACGAAGCAGAUUUUCUCAGCGUCCUCUUCAAUCGAGCUCGAACUUCCGCGCACAGCACUAAUACCAUCGCUUGACAUUGACGGUCUCAGCGUCAGAUACGAGCUGGAAAUAAGUCUCGCUAUCUCGGGUGCUGCAGCUACAGAUGGUCCAUCUCUGGCGGAAACAACCUUUAGGAUGCCAGUCGUCUUGGCUGCCGGCUGA